AUGGAUGAACACACUGCAAAAACACCUAAAAACAGGGGUUCAAGGAAUAUGAAAUUAGUGUAUGAUGCACCAUCUUUUAGUCUUGGGUUAACUCAAGAAUAUUUAGUUACUGUUGUUUCAAAUCCUUUACAGUUGACGAAAUCUGGUAGAUCGAAAGAGAUUAGGUCGAAGUUUUACAACGACGAAGUGAAGAUGACUGAUUUUUUAAAAAAAAAAGGGUUAAAAAAAACUCCUUCUCCAAAGGAGCAAAAAGCUAAAAAACGGUACGAGAAGAACAGGAAAUCUAAAGAAAUUGAAGACGAUGUUGACAAAUAUUAUGAUGAAUUUGAAGAAGAAAAUAGUAGUAGAUAUAAGGAUUUUCCAUGGGGUUCUUUAACUUUUGAAGAUCUGGCUAGAAGUUUGAACAACCGGCUGAAAGCUGGGGGCAAAUUUUAUUUGAUUCAGGGAAUGCCACUGGCUAUUCAAGUGUGGCUAUAUGAGUGUUGCUCAAAUGUCCCACCUAAGAUUGCAUUGAAGGUUGAGAAUCGGAUUUCCCGAUUAUUAAAUUGGAAGACGAUUGCACCUCGUCCAUGGUAUGAGUUUUUGAUGAAUGCUAUGUUCAAGGACAAUGGCAAGGUUAUAUUUAAGAACAUAGUGCCAACUAAAAUGGAACUGGCAAAGCUUGAAAUACCACAGAAAGAUGAUCCACCACCAAAGAAGAUCAACGAACGUUCAAAGAAGAAAAAGAAGGUGGAUUCAUCAACCCCAGCAGCGAAGAAACCUUCAGAGAAAAAGCAAGUCAAUAUUGUUGACGUGCAUACCCAAACGAGGACUCCACCUCAUCGUGUUGCCAAGGCUACUGUGAUGAAGACACCAGUAUUCAAGCCAAUUCUAACACAACAGGCUUCUUCUUUAAAAAAGAAGGAAGGGAAGCAAACAGCUAGGGUUAUUUUUCCUCAGGUACAGUCAACGACAGAUAGUCAUGUAGAGAAAGUUGCUGUGUCAAAGCGUGAGAGACAUGUUGAGAAAGAAACAUUUAUUUCUAAGAAAGUUCGCCAAGAGUUUAAAGAAGUUCGUGAAGAGUUUACUCGAAUUCAUCAAUUAGUGAAGAAAAAGUUCAAAAAAAUGAUCAAAGCAAUUGAACAUAGCAAGGGGUGCACUGAUUCACAUCCAGAUAAAAUAAACAUUGAAAUUAAUUCUCAACAUUUAAUCCUUGAUGAGCUUUUCCAAAGUAUAAAUUUGGAUUAUAAUUUUUCUGAGAAGAUUGUUCAUCACGAUGAUCGAAUCACUGAUGAGAAAUUGGAUGAUUCAAAAUUGUCUGAUUCGCAAUUUACAAUCCCAGAUGAGUUGUUACCAAGUCUUAAUGCAUACCGAAGAGAAAGCAUCACAACACAUCCAUUGGCAACUUCUGAAGAAGAACAAAUCAAUAAAUAUUUUAAUGAUAAAAAGUCCGAAUUUGUUGUUCAAGAUCAUUGUCAGGAAAACAAAGAGAACGUUGGAUUGAGCUCUAAAGCAGACAUGCAUGGAGAGGUUGAUCUUGGUACGGACGAGCAGAUUAUGAAAAAUCCUAAGAUACAAGAAUUAACCACUGAUGAACAAAGGGAUGAAACAAUUUUGCCUGAUUCACAAGACAAAAUCCCUGAUGAUUUGCUUCCUAGUUUGAAUGUAUAUAGCAGUAAAAGCAUCAUUGUUCAUCGCUAUGCUAAUUGUGAACUUCAAACUCCUCUUCCUAAGUUAAGGAUUAGGCGACCAUCCAAAUUCAAAGAGUCACCUUACAUGGUGAAAUUUGGUUCAGCUGCCGAGAGCUCGAAAGGUCACAUACGUAUAUUCCCACAGAAACAUCCAUUUCUUUAUCAUCCGAUUGAUGGGAUUAUGGAUACGAAGAUUGUCAACAAGUUCAUGGAUUGGAUUUCUGAAAACCUUCUCAAAGUUCAUGCUAAAAGAUAUGCUGCACUUUUGUGGGAUUAUGGGACCAAAAAGCAAGACGUAAAUGCUCAUAGUGAUAUCGAAGCACCUUUGAGGCCUCCAAGACAAAAUAGAAUAACUAGUGUAAGUGAAGUUUUUGAUGGAUGA